AUGAAACAGGAUGCUUUCCCCCCGCGCGCGCAGGCGCGCCCUCAAACCCAUCAGACCCACGGCAUCUCCCGGCAGGACAACUAUGGUUGGCUGCGUGCGGACAAUUGGCAGGAGGUGAUGCGCGAUCCUUCCGUACUGGAUCCCGAUAUCCGUGCCUAUCUGGAGGCGGAAAACGCCUAUCAGGACGCCAUCAUGGAACCGACCAGGGAGCUUCAGGAAAAGCUCUUUGCCGAAAUGCGCGGCCGGAUCAAGGAAGACGACAGCUCCGUCCCUGCCCCCGACGGCAAAUUCGCUUAUGGCAUGAAGUUCGAAACCGGCGGUCAGCAACCGAUUUUCUUUCGCACACCGCGCGAUGGCGGCGAAGAAACAAUACUUUUGCAUGGCGACAAGGAAGCAGACGGAAAGGCGUAUUUCAGGAUCGGCGGCGCUAGCCAGUCUCCAGACCACAAGUUGCUUGCCUGGGCCUAUGACGACAAGGGUUCGGAAUACUACUCUCUCCAGAUCCGCGACGUGGCAUCUGGAAAGGAUCUGGACUACAGCAUCGCCGACACCGGUGGCGGUGGUGUGUUUUCCACCGACGGCAGAUUUGUGUUUUAUGUCCGGCUUGACGACAACCACAGACCGUCAAAACUCUUCCGCCACGAAAUCGGAACCGAUCCUGCAGACGAUGUGCUGGUUCACGAAGAAGAGGAUGCAGGUUUCUUCAUGGGGGUCGGCAAGACCCAGUCCGGCGACACGAUCCUGAUUGACAUCCAUGAUCACGAGACCUCCGAGGUCUGGAUGAUACCCGCCGACCAGCCCGAGCUCCCUCCGGUUUUGAUUGCGCCGCGCGAUACCGGUGUUGAAUACUCGGUCGAAGAUCACGGUGACACGCUCUACAUCCUGACCAACCUGGGAGACGCGGAAGACUUCAAGAUCGUCACCGCGCCCAAGGCAACACCGGGCCGGGAAUUCUGGUCGGAUCUCGUCCAGCACAAGCCCGGGUGCCUGAUCCUGUCGCACUGCGUCUACAAGACCUUCAUGACGCGGCUGGAACGCGAAGACGGUCUGCCGCGCAUCGUCAUCCGCAGGCUGGCAGACAACAUCGAGCAUUCGGUGGAGUUUGAUGAAGAGGCCUAUUCUCUGGGUCUCGGCGGCGGCUAUGAAUUCGACACAACGGUGAUCCGCUUCAGUUAUUCGUCCAUGACGACACCGUCACAGACCUUCGACUACGAUGUGCAAACCCGUGAGCGCCUCCUUCGCAAGGAACAGGAAGUUCCCUCUGGCCACGAUGCGUCCGACUAUGUCACGCGCAGGCUCAUGGCCCCGGCUGCCGACGGCGAAACGGUGCCCGUGUCGAUCCUUUACCACAAGGAUACGAAGCUCGACGGAUCAGCGCCGCUGCUGCUCUACGGCUAUGGCUCGUACGGCAUCACCAUUCCGGCCAGUUUCAACACAAAUUCGCUGUCCCUGGUGGAUCGCGGUUUCGUCUAUGCGAUCGCUCAUAUCCGCGGCGGCAAGGACAAGGGUUUCCGCUGGUACAAGGACGGCAGACGCGAGACCAAGAAAAACACCUUUACCGACUUUAUCGCGGCAGCAGAUCAUCUCGUUGCGGAGAAAUUCACCGUACACGACCGCAUUGUGGCACAAGGUGGCUCCGCGGGCGGCAUGCUGAUGGGCGCAGUUUCAAACAUGGCACCUGAUAAGUUCGGUGGCAUCAUUGCCGAAGUGCCGUUUGUCGACGUGCUCGAAACCAUGUUGGACGACACUCUUCCCCUGACGCCGCCUGAAUGGCCGGAAUGGGGCAAUCCGAUCACGGACAAGACUGCAUACGAGUACAUUGCGUCCUAUUCGCCUUAUGACAAUGUCGGCGCGAAGGACUAUCCCGCAAUUCUGGCGGUCGCAGGCCUCACCGAUCCUCGGGUCACCUACUGGGAACCGGCGAAAUGGGUCGCCAAGCUCCGUGCCGUCAAGUCCGGCGACAGCCUUUUGAUGCUGAAAACCAACAUGGAGGCUGGCCACGGAGGCGCUUCAGGGCGCUUUGACAGGUUGAAGGAAGUCGCGUUGGUUCAGGCCUUUGCACUGAUGGUGACCGGCAAGGCCUAG